GUCUGUCUGUCUGUCCGGCGACAGUGCUGCGGGGCAAACAGGGAGACCCCAAGGCCCCAGGUCCCGCACCCUCAGCCCAAGGGGCAUCGAAGGUGCCAGGUGCCUGCCGUGUGCAGCCUGAGCUCGCAGUCCCCAGGCUCCCAGCAUGGGACCCGGCCGGGUCUGUCCUGUGGCCAUCUGCACUGCGACCCCAGGGGUCUCCAAGCAGGACAUCCGGGAGCAGAUCUGGAAUCACAUGGAGGCUCAGGACAUCGCCGACUUUCCACGGCCUGUUCACCACAGAAUCCCCAACUUCAAGGGCUCUUACCUGGCUGGCCAGAGACUCCGGGACCUGGAGGUUUUUGCCAGGACACAGGAAGUGAAGGUGGACCCUGACAAACCGCUGGAAGGCGUACGGCUGCUGGCCUUGCAGAGCAAAAAAACACUGCUGGUUCCAACUCCGCGGCUGAGAUCGGGGCUGUUUAACAGGAUCACCCCGCCGCCCGGGGCCAGCGGCCAGGCGCUGCGGAGAUGCGCCACCGCCCAGGGCGUGAGGGACUUCAGCACCCCCGUGGGCCUGGACUCCAGCGUCCUCGUGGACUUGGUGGUUGUGGGCUCUGUGGCCGUUUCUGAGCGAGGCUGGAGGAUCGGGAAGGGAGAAGGCUACGCGGACCUGGAAUACGCCAUGAUGGUGUCCAUGGGAGCUGUCAGCGAGAGGACGCCCGUGGUCACCAUCGUCCAUGACUGCCAGGUCCUGGACUUCCCUGAAGCCCUCCUCGAGGACCAUGACCUCACGGUUGACUACAUCCUCACCCCGACCAGGGUCAUUGCCACAGGCUGUGAGCGUCCAAAGCCAGCAGGCAUCAUAUGGUCCAAGAUUCCAGGCCGUCCAGGAUGGCACUGCCCUGUUCCCAGGUCCACCUCAAGUGUCCAGCCUGUGCUUAGCUGCUGCUUGGAAACGUUAGCUGGCCUCUGUCGUCACGGACCAGAGCACAUAGCCCCUCGGUGAGAGCGAGCCCUGCUGGACUGUGGCAGGGAGCCCUCCUUGAGGACACAGGUCCACUGCUGCAGUCAGGGACAGCUGUCCUGGUGUGCUUGCUGCUGUGAGGCGUCCUGAGGCUCUGAGGUCCUGGAGCCCAAGCAGGUGUCCCCGUGCAGGUGUCUAUGAUGCCAGAGAUCGGCCUCAGAGACUCCUGCAGCAGUGUCUGUCCAGCCUCAGGGCCCAGUGGGGGACAGGUGGGCAGAAGGUCAAGGUGCAGCCUGCCCUGCACCCCACAGAAGGCGGCUUGCGAGCAGCAGCCCCUCGGAGCCCUUCCUGCCCCAGGACCAAGGACAGCUGUGAGGAGCUGCACUGCGGCAAGGGGCCGCUGCCCAAGGCCAUAGGAGAGCCAGGGCGGCGUGGAGGCAGCACCCCUGCCGCGUUCCUGUGCCCGACCUUGCUCCCCCGCCAUCUGGGCCACGGUUCACCUUGGCCAUGGGGAAGGCUUUGGAGGCAUUUUCAUCAAUGAAUGCUAAACUCUCA